AUGGCACUCUUUAAUGUACCCCUGGAAGUGGGUCAGCACAAGAUCAGAAACUGGCUCACAGCUCUGCACAAUCAGCCCGAGGCUUUUGUAUUCACUGUAUCCAAAGUCUGCACCACUUGGCUGAUCAUGCAGAUGGCACCAACAACCAUCAGUGGUGAAUCAAAUGUAAGGGUUGGAAUCCCUUCACUAAAUCCUUAUGGAUGGAAGCUUAGAAUGAGUGCACUGAGGGAUUUUGAGAUCUGGCUGUUCUUCUUUUACCAAUGGUGGGCCAGUUACACUAACCGUAGUUGCAUCCCAUCUGUAGUCACUGAACUCUAG